GUUGCCAUGGCGGCGAGGCUGGGCUGACUGGGAAAGGAAAGCCAGCCUCGCAGAGGGAAGGCCCGGCUCGGGCAAAGCGGAGUCAGGAGACCAAGGCUCAGCGCCCGAGGGGCACCGUGACGCCUCCACCACCACCCACCACCGGAGAGAGCCAGAGCCAGAGCCAGGGAAGGAGGAGUCUCCGGCAAGCCCAGCGCACCCAGCCAACCAGUUCCGUGUGCCGGAGAGAGGAAGAGCGAGCAAGGGAAUGCAGGCAGGUGGACUUUGUCCUCGCUGAAGGCUCCGGGACAGCUCCUUGGACGGAAGUUUCAAGCCGAAGAAGGAGAGACCACCCUCGCUGCCUGCUCAGCCCUCCUUGAAGCCGAAGGAGCGGGAGGGGCACAGACAAGGGUUUGGUUCUGCAACCACUGCAAGAGCACAGCUACCUGGCGCUUUGGAAACUCCUUGGGGCCGUUCCCUUCAGCGUAGGAACUCUGAGCCAAAUACUCCUGUGCUCCUUGAAGUUUGCAGCCUGGAAAGGAAGGUGCAGGCAACUCCGGCAGAGACAGGUAGACUUUGUCCUUGCUGAAGGCUUUGGGAGAACUCCUUGAACCAAGGUUUCAAGUCAAGGGAGGGGAGAGCACCCUCUCUUCUUGCCCUGCUCUCUGUGCUGUUGGAGAAAGGCUUUGAAAGUGCAGGAGGGACGAAGACGGGGGUUUUGUUCCAUAACAACUGUAACAACACAGCUACCUGGGUCCUUGGAGGCUCUGUUUGCUUCAUGUCGAAGAUACUCCGAGACAAAACUCCAGGGCUUCUUUGAGCCUGGAAAAGCAAGUGCAGAGCAACAAAGUCAGAGGCCCUGUGAGGAUUUUGUUCCAUAACAACUGCAAGAGCACCACGACCUGGAGCGUUGGAAGUUCUUUGGGGCCAUUUGCUUCAUGUCGGCAACAGCAGCAGAGUCGGAACUCUCAGCCAAAAGUCUGGAGCGCCUUUGAGAGUCUGUAACCUGGAAAAGAAGACACAGACAGCGUUGACAGAGGCUUGGAAUGGCUCUGCCGCCAGAGGAGACUUGCCCUCCUUGUCUGCUGUGUUUGGAGACCUCACCUCUGGAAAGGAGGAGGUCACAGCCUGAGCAUUAUCUAGGGAACGAGGUCUGUGUCUCGGCUUGAGCGGCAGUAGUUCCAAGAGGUCACCUGGAGACCCGUCAUCGGCUGCACUCUGGACAGAGAGGAAGGAGGCACACCGCGGCUGGCAGAGGAUUAAAGCAGGGCCAGAGGACUUGGACAGAACCUUCCUUUUCAUUCUUGGUUGUCAGUUACCUGGCGGAGGUGGCACUCGGCUGUGCGUUGCUUAAACUGGCUGUCCUUUGCAGGAAAGGGGUCGGCAAAGCCCUCGGCGCUUCUGCCUGGCGCCCUGAACCCGCGGCCAGCCAUGGCGGAGCACCAGGAGCUGGUGGCGGAGAUGUCGGCGGUGAUCCGGAUGGGCACCCAGGAGCGGCUGAAGCACGCCCAGAGGCGGCGCAUCCAGCAGCUGAAGCGAUGGGCCCAUUUCGAGAAGGACGUCCAGAGCAAGAAGGGCAAGGGGGAGAAGAGGAAGAAGGGCAGCACCGGCACUGCCCAGGAAAAGCGCGUGGUCUUCCCCGAGAGUGUCCGGCUCCUGGAGGCCGCCUGUCGCAACGAUGUGGCAGAAGUGCGGCAGUUCCUUCAGAAUGGCCUCGAUCCCAAUUUGUACAACGAAGAUGGUCUCACUGCAUUGCAUCAGUGUUGCAUCGAUGACUACAAGGAAAUUGUGCUGCUGCUACUGGAAGCUGGUGCGGACAUCAACGCCUGCGACAGCGAGCUCUGGACCCCGCUUCAUGCCGCUGCCACCUGCGGACACCUUCGCCUGGUGCAGCUGCUCAUUGAGAGAGGCGCCAACCUGCUGGCCGUCAACUCGGAUGGGAACAUGCCCUACGACCUCUGUGAGGAUGACGCCACCUUGGACUACAUCGAGACCGCCAUGGCCGACCAAGGUAUCACUCAGGAGACCAUUGAAGACGCCCGUUCGUCCGUGGAGCGCACCAUGGUGGACGACAUCCACCGGCUGGUCAAGGAGGGGGUGGACCUGAAUACGCCCCUGGAACACAGGGCCACCUUGCUGCACAUCGCCGCGGCUAAUGGCUACCUGGAGGCGGCUGAGCUGUUGCUCGAACACAAAGCCAACAUGAGCGCCAAGGACGACGACGGCUGGCAGCCACUCCACGCCGCGGCCUGCUGGGGACACGUUCAGGUGGUGGAGCUCCUGGUGGCACACGGGGCUGACCUCAACGGGAAGUCAGUGCUGGAUGAGACACCCCUUGAUGUCUGUGCAGACGAAGAGGUCCGGUCCAAGAUCCAGGAAUUGAAACAAAAGCACGACGCCAUCAAGAAGUUGCACGACAAGCACAAGUCAAUGCUCCAGCGACGGACGUCCAGCGCCGGGAGCCGAGGGAAAGUGGUGAGGCGGGUGAGCGUGUCGGAGCGCACCAGCCUGUACCGCCGGGAGCACGAGAAGGAGGCCAUUGUGUGGCAGCAGCAGGCGGCCGAGGGCGAGGCGGCAGAGGGCGAGGUGGACGACGAGGACAAGCAGACAGAUGCGGAGCUCCAACCACCAGUGUCGGAGGAAGAGGUGGAGGAGGAGGAGGAGGAGGAGGAGGAGGAGGCGGCGCCCCCGGAGCCCUGUUCCCCGGACCCCCCCUCGGAGAGCAACGGGACGGCCCACUCGCACCCGCACUCGCACUCUCGGCACUUGUUCUCCAAGCGGAUGGACCGCAGCCUGACCUACCACCUGGGCCCCCGGGAGGAGGGCUCCGCGGCCCCCCCGCACCUCAGCAAGGACAGGGCCCAGCACACCUUGGCCGACCUCAAGCGCCAGCGGGUGGCCGCCAAGCUCCAGCGGCACCACUCGGAAGUGGACUUCUCUCCGGGUCCCGGCGAAGGGACGCAGUUGUCGGAGAGCAACUCGGUGUAUUCCACGCCCACGAGUGGGGACCCCCCUCUCCUGAAGCUGACGGCUCCGGUGGAAGAGACCCCGGCCGAGAAGAGGCGCUGCUGCAGGGUCAUGUGAGCGCCCAGAGAGACCCCGCAAGCCUGGCCCCGGACGAUGCGAUGCCCGGUGGGUCGGCAGCCAUGUCGGUGGCAGGCUGGCCAUUCGGUUCACCCGCAGUGUCCUUCGCCACCGGCGCAGUAAACGUGGCUGGCCCUUUUUACCCCCUAGAAUUUUGCAGCGUGUUCUGGGAACGGUGGCCUUGUCGUGGCCACUCCUUGAUGUGUGUCUUGUGUGUGUGGUUGUGAGGAUGUGACGGCUGCGGGAGCCCCGGCUCCGGAAGAAUCUCAGGGAAGAAGGAACACGGCCGGGUCGAGCGUGGCAGGGCCGUGGCGUGAUGCACGGGGCCGUGGGGCCUUCGCAGGUGGGCUUUGUGGGGGGGGCAGUGGCAGCAGGCGUGGACCCCCAGUGCGCCCCAUACACUCCCUCUCUCUGUCUCUCUCCUGUCUGUGUGUCUUUCCCACAGGUGAAUUGAAGGUAAGGGGGGAGCUGCACCCCAUUUCUACAAUGGCACAGGAUUCUGGGAGCUGUAGUCCAACAAGCCAACUUUCCCCAACUCUCUCAAUUCUGGGGCGGAUAACAAUAUCUGUGUCCUUCCAAGUGUUUCCAGAAUCAAGAUGAUGUCCAAUGUGUUGUCAUGGUCAGAAUCACUAUGUGGCUGUGAGUUUUCCGGGCUGUCUCGCCACGUUCCAGAAGCAUUCUCUCCUGACGUUUCGCCCACAUCUAUGGCAGGCAUCCUCAGAGGUUGUGAGGUCUCUAGGAAACUAGGCAAGUGGGGUUUAUAUCCCUGUGGAAUGAUGACCAGAGUGGGAGAAAGAAAGAACUCGUGUCUCCUUGAGGAAAAUGUGAAUGUUUCAAUUGGCCACCUUGAUUAGCAUUGAAUAGCCUGGCAACUUCGAGGGCUGGCCGUUUACUACCUGGGGGGAAUCUUUUGUUGGGAUUCAAGCUUCGAGUUCUGGCUGUUUACUGCCUGGGGGGAAUCCUUUGUUUGGAUUCAGCUUCAAGAUCUGGCCGUUUACUGCCUGGAGGGAAUCUUUUGUUGGGAUCCAGCUUCGAGGUCUGGCUGUUUACUGCCUGGGGAGAAUCCUUUGUUGGGAUUCAGCUUCGAGAUCUGGCUGUUUACUGCCUGGGGGGGAAUCUUUUGUUGGGAUUCAGCUUUGAGGUCUGGCUGCUUACUGCCUGGGGGGAAUCCUUUGUUGGGAUCCAACUUUGGAAUCUGGCUGCUUACUGCCUGGGGAGAAUCCUUUGUUGGGAUUCAGUUUCGAGAUCUGGAUGUUUACUGCCUGGAGGGAAUCCUUUGUUGGGAUUCAGCUUUGAGGUCUGGCUGCUUACUGCUUGGGGAGAAUCCCCCGUUUGGAUUCAGCUUCGAAGUCUGGUUGUUUACUGCCUGGGGGGGGGGAUCCUUCCAUCUUCAAGCCAGACCUUGAAGCUGAAAGGCUAUUCAAUGCUAAUCAAGGUGGCCAUUUGAAAAAUUCAGACUUGCCUCCAAUGGAUAAAAGUUAUUUCUCCCACCUUGAACGUGUCUAGUUUCCGGCCUAUCUCACCACCUCUGAGGAUGCCUCCCAUAGAAGCGGGUGAAACGUCAGGAAAGAAUGCUUCUGGAACAUAGCCAUACAGCCCGGAAAACUCACAGCAACCCAAGAUGAUGGUAAGCGGCAUCGUCUUGAUUAUGGAAUUGGUCUCUUCAAAUUGGCCUCACCAAUUGGGUUGGGACAGAGCAUGUUGUGAUGGAGAGUCCUAAGACUGUGUUUGUUCUUGAACGAGGCAGCCGCUUCAGGGGUAGCAUUCAAGCUCCAAGUGGGACCAACGCUGGUGAAACUUCUCCUUUUGGACUACCGCUCCCAGAAUCCCCUUUUCACCACUUUGCCUACUGCCUCCCUUUUUUUCUCCUUGAAUCGAUCAUCGGUCAUGUUUUCCUGUCCUUUUCUCCUCCUCUUUGCAUCAUUCCUCUGUGGCUUUUGCAGACCACGAGUUUUCUACUUUCUCUCUUUUUUAUUUUGUUUUUCUUACAAGACCUUUUUUUUCUUAAAAUAAAUUUGCAAAGUGUUUUUUCUAACUGUGUUUUUAUCCUUCUCGACAUCGAUAAAGCAAUAAACUAGUGACUGGUCCCUUUAA